GCUGCACGUACCGUAUUUUACGUGUUUCGAAGCACCCCAUGCACGUCGCCGCAACAGGGGACGACGAUCAACGCAACCGUUGUCCGCCCGCCUUCGUGCCGUGCGUGGAGGACGCCGCGUACACGCGUCAGCUCGGUCGGCAUCCAGCCGCCUUUCAACGCGCCCUCGACGCCGUCAGCUACCGCUACCUCAUCGCCACGUCCCGCCUUGCGGAGAGUCCACAUGGCAACUCGGCGGCCCACGCACGCUAUGCCGCGACGCUGCGGGAGAACUACGAACGUUUGUGGAAGCAACGAGCGCAAGUGCCGAAGGCGGCCCGACGGGAGUGGUUCGAGACGGUGAUGGUCCACCUUUACGCUCUGAACAGGCUCGAGGUAGGUUUGCUGUGGUUGCUGGAUCACGUCCACUCGCGUGAGGAAAAGCGCGAUAGCACGGAGUACGGACCCACAGAAGAUACAUCGCCACCUGCGUCUUCAGCGGACGUCGCUACUGGGUCCGGCCCCGCGCGGAAGCAAUCAAAAGGAAAGAAAUCGGCCCAAGACACAUCCCCGCUGUGGUUUCUGUGGCACGAUGCGCAGCGCCACCUGCAUCACCUCACGCUGCGACUGCACACGUGGACGCCGGCGGGCGGUGGGGCAUACGCCGCCCGUGCGGCCCUGCGACCCGCGGAUCUCGCCCGCAUGGACAGCUCUGCCUUCACGUGGCGCGUGCGCCUCUGGGUUCGGGUGAGCUGCAUGGUGUUGACCGACUCCUCUGCCUCACUGUGUGUCUGUCAACCUGCGGAGCAGGAAGUGUCGCACACUGCCCUUUGCGAGAGCUUUUCCGGGGCGUUGACCUCUAGCGAUUUCUCCUUCGCAGACGAUGACCCCGAGCUGUGUCGUGUCUUGCGUGCUCUGACGUCCUCUACGCCGGGCGACGAUGCACGUAUCAUACGGAGGCAGCUCGCAGGCGCUCUCCUCUAUCGGGUGUUGCUUGAAACGAUGCUGGUGCGGCUGCGUACGCUGCCGCGGUGUCUCUUCACGUGGCGCCUCCUCCGUGACGUUUUGCGGUCGUGUGCCUCCGCAGCCUCACCCCUCGAGCACGGUGCGGCAAUAACAACGGCAAAGAAUAACGCGGCCGUGCUGGUCGCCAUGUGUGCAUACAUCGACGCAGUUGUUGUACCCUACUUGGAGCAGCGAGACUGCCACCUCGGCAACAGCAACCACACUGCGACGGAGAUUCAGGUGCGCUUCACGCAGCUUUCGGAGCAGCGAAUGCGGGCACUGCACACCGCCGCUGCAGCAGUCACGUGCAACAACCAAAGCGCCGAGCGUGCAGCCCUUCUUCUCUCCUCUUCCUCUGCACAUGAAGUGCUGCCCCUCGACAGCGAUGGACGACUUCCUGAAAAGCAGCGCGCAGACGUGAGAGUAGCCUUGAGUCAGACCCUUCGUCGCGUCUGCGCGUAUGACGUCGUCGCGGGCACGACGGCUGCGGCGGUAGCGGAUGUGCUCGCGAACGACGAUGACGACGAUGACAACACGCCGAGUCCCAUCGACAGCGGUGUCCCACUGGCCGCGGAAGUGAUGGCGGCGAUGCAGAAGAACAUCGCCCUCAAGCAGCUGGAUGAACGCCUCUUCCACUCCGAGUCCCGCCGCACGCGCCAGCUGGAAGCAUUUUUGCACCACUAUUUCACGCAGAGCCCCACAUUGGCCUUUGACCGCUCCUACAAGGGAGCUCCAACAGACGCGUCAUCGACUGCGGAGGAGGAACGAAUGGACAGGGGAGGUGCGCAGUAG